AUGCUUGCCAAACGCCCAUCUGUCGGUCCUACUGAGAGUCUCUCGUCCAAGUAUCGGGCUGGGAAGGCAAGUUCCCGGGUGAGGAGAUCGCUGCGCGACAGUUCCCUGGUCUCCAGGAGACACCGGAAGCCAGACAAUUCAUCCGAGGGCAGCCCGCGCAGGUCCCCCAUGGUCACACUUAGUGUCGGACCUGCUCGCCGACUAUUCGCCGCGCACGAAGAAAUCCUCUGCGUUUCGCCGUUCUUCGCAACCAGUUGCCGUGGGCAAUUCUUGGAAGCGCAUGGAAGACGCAUCCACUUGCCUGACGAACAGCCAGAAAUCCUCUCUUGCGUCCUCGAGUACCUCUACAAGGGAGAUUAUUCCCCCCGACUGCUCCACAAUGAACGUCUAGAUACCUGGGAGCUGGAAGGCGUCACGGUUACCGCAGAUGGACAGACGAGCGACGCAACUUUCUUCCAUCAAGGUGUAGGCCUCACAAUCUUGAAGGAUACAGCAGUCUACUGCGCCGCCGAAAAGUACGGACUUGACCAGCUGAAACGGCUGGCCCUCAGGAAACAAGGCCUCCACUCAGGUAUCCAGUGCAGCACUAUCCUUACGAGCGCCCGAUACGCCUACGCCAACACGCCGGAUACGGACUCGAAGCUCCGCGCCCAUUACCUUGCCCUCAUCAUUCGGUGCAGACAUACAUUCAAACGCAGCGGCACAAUGCAGAUGGAGAUGGAAGAGGGCGGGAAGCUCUUUUUCGAUCUCUUCGUUGCAAUGUGCAAUCAUAUGGAUGAUCUUACUUCGUCAAAAGCUCAUCUUCCCUGCUGA